AUGUCGGAGGAGCUGGCCCCGGGCCCCAAGGAGAGCCCGCCGGCGCCCCCGAGGGGCCCCCGAGAGGUGUGGAAGAAGGGCGGCCGGCUGCUGUCGGUGCUGCUGGCGGUGAACGUGCUCCUGCUCGCCUGCACGCUCAUCAGCGGCGGCGCCUUCAACAAGGUGGCCGUGUACGACACGGACGUCUUCGCGCUGCUCACGGCCAUGAUGCUGCUGGCCGUGCUUUGGAUCCUGUUCUACCUGCUGCGCAGCGCGCGCUGCCCCGACGCCGUGCCCUACUUGGACGCGCAUGCCGGCCCCAUCUGGCUCCGAGGUGGGCUGGUGCUGUUCGGGAUCUGCACUCUGGUCAUGGAUGUCUUCAAGACUGGCUACUACUCCAGUUUCUUUGAGUGCCAGUCGGCCAUCAAGAUCCUGCACCCCCUCAUCCAGGCUGUGUUUGUCAUUGUCCAGACUUACUUUCUCUGGGUCUCUGCUAAAGACUGCAUUCACGUCCACCUGGACCUGACACGGUGUGGGCUCAUGUUCACCCUCACUACCAACCUGGCCAUCUGGAUGGCAGCCGUGGUGGAUGAAUCGGUGCACCAGGCUCACUCCUACAGCAGUGCUCACGGCAACGCCAGCCACACCCGCCUCUCCUCUGACCCGGAGCGCACAGGAAGCACGGCUGGAGGCGACCCGUGUCCCUGCGACACGGCCAUCUGCCAGAUCUUCCAGCAGGGCUACUUCUACCUGUACCCCUUCAACAUCGAGUACAGCCUGUUCGCCUCCACCAUGUUAUACGUCAUGUGGAAGAAUGUGGGCAGGCUGCUCACCUCCAGCCACGGCCACGGCCACGCCCCACCCCGGGUCAGCCUCUUCCGGGAGACCUUCUUUGCUGGACCGGUCCUGGGCCUGAUACUCUUUGUGGUGGGGUUGGCGGUCUUCAUCAUCUAUGAAGUUCAAGUGAGCGGAGAGGGAAGCCGCACCCAGGAGGCCCUGGUCAGCUACUACAGCUUCAACAUUGUCUGCCUGGGACUCAUGACCUUGGUCAGUUUGAGCGGCUCGGUCAUCUACCGUUUUGACCGCCGGGCUAUGGACCAGCAUAAGAACCCCACUCGCACCUUGGACGUAGGCCUGCUGAUGGGCGCUGCCCUGGGCCAGUACGCCAUCUCCUACUAUUCCAUCGUGGCUGUGGUGGUGGGCACACCCAGGGACCUGCUGGGGGGCCUCAACCUGGCCCACGCUCUGCUCAUGAUCGCCCAGCACACCUUCCAGAAUGUGUUCAUCAUUGAGAGCCUCCACCGGGGGCCCCCGGGGGAGGAGCCCCGGGAGACACCCAACAAGGAGCCCUGCCAAGGCCUCACCUUUGCCAACCUGGAUGCCCUCCAUGCCUUGCCCGCCUGCCCGUCCACCCCCAGGCUGGCCAGCCCUCUAGAAGGCCCGCCGGAAGCGGUGGCCAUCAUCUCUACCCCCAGGGGUCACUGGAGACGCCGGUGCCUGAAAGACAUUUCUCUGUUCCUCCUGCUCUGCAAUGUCAUCCUGUGGAUCAUGCCUGCCUUUGGGGCCCGCCCCCAUUUCAGCAACAGAGUAGAGGUGGAUUUCUACGGCUACUCCCUCUGGGCAGCCAUCGUCAACAUCUGCCUGCCCUUCGGCAUCUUCUACCGCAUGCACGCCGUCUCCAGCUUGCUGGAGGUCUACGUGUUGUCCUGA